UGUUUUUGUAACUGCCGGCGCUACUGAACCUGACAGCCAGCAAACGGUCAACAGGGCACAGCUUUUACUCCGUUAUUACAUUAAUCUUAUUAAUCUUAAUUAUAUAUAGCAGAUUUCUAUAAUGCAUCCUGUAUCCGUGUCCAUCCCUUCUUUUCGUUCAGAAGACAGCGGCUCAGAAAAAGGCUACACUGUUUUUAAGAUCGAGGUGUUAACGAGCGGGCGGCAGCACACCGUGGAGAAGCGCUACAGUGAGUUUCAUGCUCUGCAUAAAAUGCUAAAGAAGAUCAUUAAACCUCCAGAGCUUCCUUCAAAGCAUGUGAGAAACUGGAUCCCCAAAGUUCUGGAGCAGAGACGACACGGUCUUGAGCUUUAUCUGCAGACUAUAAUCAUGGAAAACGAGGUCUUUCCUAAAAUAUUCCUGGAUUUCCUCAACAUCCGCCAUUUCCCGUCCCUGCCAAAGGCCGAGAGUUGUGGGUCGUUUGAAACCGAAUCCGAAGACUCCUGUAAACUGACACAUCAGCCGGCCCUACUUUUCCUGAGGGACCCCUAUCUGCUUCCUGCCUCUAGCGACACCUUUUCAAGCAUCAUCACCGAAGGUGUGAUUCAUGGAAUAUUCUACCCAGACCUGCAACCGAGGUAGACCAGCGCUCUCUCCGGCCAAAAUACAACACCUCACUUUCAUGGACAAAGAGACGUUUACACUCUAAUCAUUUACACAAACACUACAGGAACCUAGUCACAAAGUCCACCCACUGAGUUUUGUUUAGAUUUUUUUGAAGGCCCAACAUUGUGAGUUUAUAGAACAUCAGCAACUUUAAAUGUUGACCGUCUUCUCGUUCCAUCCUUUAGAGGGACGGGGCAACACAACUGCGCUGUGAAAAAUUCUUUUACCAUAUCAGAAACUAGAGCUGGGUGAUGAUAACUACUCCAUUAAUUAUUGAUAUUUUUUCACAAAGAAAUCUUUAUAUAAGGUGCAGUCUUUAAAGUGUUUCUAGACCUGUAAUAAUAAUCACAUCAUCUUGCGGAUAUAUUAACAUACUGAUCAUUUGCAAUUUUGACGUUCACUGGAUCUGGAUAUUUUCUUUAUUUUUGACUUCUGUUAGCAUAUUUAUUAGCUUCACCCUCUGCCCUGAAUAGAGCUAAUCAGCUCUGUGCAUCUUCUCUAAAACAUAACUGAACUUGCUGCAGAAUUGUGAGCGCAGUUCACCUUACAGACAACAGACGGUGCUGAAAUUUACAAACUGUUCCUUUAAAUGUACAGAAAAUAUGCUGAUGAAGGUUUUAGAAUUUCAUCAGUUUCAGAAUGUAUGCUUGAUUGCACCAGACUCACGAUACAGCAAGUCCAGCAUUUUCUUUCUUUUUUUUCUUUCUCCUUCCUAUUGGCCAAUGCAUCUAACCAGUCAGUUAUGUUGCUCCACGCAUGCUGUGAUUGUCUGCUUUCAAUGAGUGAAAGACUUUAUCUGAGUUACAGGAGUUCAUUUGACUGUAUUCAAACUAUUUAAAAGAUAUAGAUAUAUGAAAUAUACCAGAUUUGUUGGUAUUGCUAAAUAUUAUCACCCAGCUCUUUCUGAUGUUUUACAAAAAGAAGUUGUCUUUAUUUGUCUCACAUAUAUUACUGCACAGUGAAAUUCGUUCUUUGCAUAUCCCAUUCUGGGGUUGGGGUCAAAGCACAUGGUCAUGCAUGAUGCAGUUCCCCCUGGAUUGGGCGAGUUCAACCCCGAUCUUCAGAUCAACAACACACAGCCUUAACCACUUGAGCUACCACCACCCCAACAAGGUGCUUAAUUCACAGAUCAUUAACAGCCCAAUUAUUACCACUCAUGACUCGUACCUGUUCAGUAGUGAGAGAUAUUCUGACUGGAUUAUGGGGAAAUAUUUCCUGUUUGGACCAAACAACUAUAGAGUGUUCACUGAGCCUUUCUACUAAACAUUCUUUCUCUAACAAAGUCUCAACUCGCCUCAACUGUAUUAUCAGCAAAUCAUGGCAUUUUAUGAAGAAGGGAAACUAAUCUCAAACUAUUGAGCAUCUCUGAUGAAUUACUGCAGCUGCUAGAAACUGUGAAAGAAGUUAAUUCAAGUGUUUAGUUUACUGGUCUAAGGGUUGGUUUCGAGUUUGAUGCUAGAGACAGGAUUUACUUCCUUCUUUCUUCAGUUGGAAACAUUUGGGUGAAAGUAAUUGAAAAACUUACUGCAAAUGAAGCCAGUCAGCCAAGAUGUUUGAUGUUAGUUAUUUGCUGCUUGGAGCUACAAAGCCAACAUAAUUAGCUUGUAAUAAGCCAACAAGCUAGCAAGAUAAUCGUGCUGCGUGAUGUACAUCCGCCUCCUUAAACAGCAAACUGUAUAGUCAAUGUUAUAGAUUUAAGAAGCGCGCACACAUCUGUAUUACUUAUUAGCAUCCUAGCUCCAGUGUGAAAAAUUAGAGAAGAAAACAUCUUGGUUGACUUUUGUUCAGUCGCUCUUUUAGGUGUCAUUGUGCCAAAUAUCAGGCAACGACUCAUAACGAUUACGUUCGAAACUGAAAGGUACACAGUGUGUAGAGGUCAGUGAUCUGACAAGGGUAUCAUACUGCGAUGCUAUUACACAGCAGUAGUUUAUCUAUCAUAAUAUCUGCCUUCGCUAACAACAGUAAAGCUACUAUAAAAAUGUUUCAUAAGAAACCUGACAAUAAAUGAAGUGAUGACGUAAAAAUCCACCAUUGUAUCCAGACGGAUCGAGGUUUAGAGUCUAGACAUAUCGGCGAGAUCUUCGACAACGGCAUCAUUUACUGUGACUCUGUUAUACUGUCUUAUACCACAGCGCUGUGGAUUUCUUCAUUCUGAUUGGUCAGAAGGUGUUGAACCAUUUCCUUCAACAUCAGACACUAGUGCAGCUGCAAAUCACAGGUUGAUAUUAACGUGUGCAUCGUUCUCAUACCUUCUCAUUUCUAUAGUAACAGCUAAUCGUUAAAGCCGACGAUUCACGAUCGACCUAAAUGGGUUUGACGUGUUUAGUUGCACAUGCAUGAAUUUUUCUAUGAGAAGAUAUGAUAUUUUAAUGGAAGGCGUCUACAGCGUCAGCACUUUGUAACGGUCAGUUUCUGAUACAGGAAAGUUUUCAGGACAGAGACUUCUCAUUGUUUUGUUUUGUAUGUUGUUUUUUUUGUUUGUUUUUUUUAAACUUAAUAAAGGGAGGCUGGUGAGAGAGUUUAUAGCUGCUAUAACCUAAGUGAUACCAGGAAUUACCUAAUUUACCGACAGCAUUAUCUACAGUUAAUAACAGAAUCGAGUGGGUCAUUCUUUAGUAAACGAACAACUUUUAUAGAAACUUUUAUAGAAAAUUGCUGCGGUGCAAAAGGAUCAAUAUGCAUUUGGACAGAGUGCAUUACACCCUCGAGGGUUUUACUCCUUGUUUCAUCCAACCGUUAUAACAUGUCUGUAUAGAAUUGGAAUUAAACAACUACGUAUGUUAACACUAGCUCACGACAGUUCGGAUCGGUCAAGUCGUCUGACACUAACAACUUUUAACAAUUUAUUUAAACCUGAAGUUUUGUUUCAACAUUCGGAGCAAAUUCUUUGCUUCUGUUCUGUUCAUCAUAUGACAUUGUGAUUUUUUUGGUAUGUAUGUUUGUACAAUGUGCCAUUGAUGCUCAGAAGCCCGGGGUUCCUGGUUAGUGUCGACUAUGAACCCCGUGUAAAGCACUUUAGACUGAAUUAUGAUUGUUAACAUAUAUGUAUAAUAUAUAUUUAAAAAAAAAAAAAAUUACA